AGAAGGCGAACCGUAGACGAGCCCCUGACACUUGUUGCUGGUGUGGAAGAACACACGCAGCCGGGAGGAGGUGGAGGGGGCACUUGCUAUAAAAGCCAGCGGCCUCUAACCGGCAGCACAGUCCGUCUUCGGCUCUACUUGUGUUAGUUUGUCUCAAUUCGUUAAAGCCUUCUGCGGCGAGUACGUCUUCUCUACACAACACUACUUCCAUGGAUCAAUCUAUGAUGGAUUGUGCGAAAAUAACGCUGACAGUUUUCGCAGCUCUCUUCUCGUUAGCAGCCGGCAGGACACACUUCCCAGGACAUUUCCAUGCCGCCUUGACGCAGGAGAAUACUCUCUCGCCGAUGGGAUCUAAUACUGUUUCAGAACGAGAGGAAUCGAUGAAGGAUUGGGUGAAGAUCAGCGAAUCAGAGAGGACGAUAAAGGUGGGGCGGGGGCAGCGACUGGUGGUCGACUGCGAGGCCAUCGGCAGCCCGUCCCCCAGGAUCCAAUGGCUCAGGGACAACAGGCCGAUCACUCAGUUGAUGGAGGAAGACAACGUUGUUCGUGGAUUCGGACUGGCCAAGAUCGUAAGGACUUAUGUUGCGGAUUGUGCUUCACCAAGUCACGAGGGCGAGUAUACUUGUACCGCCAUCUCUGGUGGCGAGACAGCUAUCAGCUCUUCAACACAGGUGAUUGUUGAUGAUGAUAUGAGGUCCGAAUGCCAACCAGGAGCUCCCAAAAUCAGUGUCUGGGCCCCGAUUGUCAUGCAGACGAUGGGAAGUGAUGUGAGGAUCCCAUGCAGGGUUCACGGCAUAGCAAGGGUCUCUUGGGUGUCCAAGGAUGGCCAGCUGGUUUCUAAUGCUCCCGGUUCUCGGUUCAGGGUUCUGGAGAGCGGAGAUCUUGAAAUCACUAAACUGAAGUGGGUCGACAUGGGAAAAUAUUCUUGUUAUGCAGAAAACCAUAUAGGAAAAGAUACAGUUUCGACAUUCCUCUAUCCGAUGCUGGUAAGUGACAAAUUAAAAUAGUCUGUGGUGGUUAAUCUUAUGAUAAAUAAACUAAAGAAGAAAAUGAUAUGAUUAAAACAAAAUUACUGACUCUAAACAAACAUUUCUAAGUUUCUCUAAUUUUUUGUUUCAGAGUGAAAACUAAUUACGGAACGGAAGGCAGAUUUUAAAUGGAAACAAUGGAAAGUUCUUACCCUGUUUUGUUUUGUUCUAGUCAUUACAUUAGCUAUUAAUUAUCUAAUUUAAUGUAUUAAAAAUUUAAAGUUAAGUAACUAGGUAUUUUAAAUUUGUAUAUAUAUAAAUAAAUUCAGUAUUUAUAUAUAUAUUCGAUGACUGAGGUUCGAAAGUAUAAAAUCAUUUACUUAAAUGUGAACUGUAAUUGUUUUUCCUGUAAAUUUUAAUAUUAUUUUGUAAUUAGUGUAUUGUUUUUUAAGUAUUUUUAUCGGCUACCUCAAGUGUAAAAUUUGUUGUGUCUACUGAAUGGUUAGUUUAUAUUUUUUUAGCUGUGCAUUUUUAUUUGGUAAAGUGAAAUUGAUUUAUCGAUAUUAUUAAUUAUGUACCUGUUAUGGUUUAAUGCAUUUUUAUUAUUUUUGUAUUAAGUAAUGUAAUAUGUUCUUGAAAACUAUUUGUUAAAUAGAACAUGUUUGGAAGUUAUUUAUUUGAAUUUAUUAAGAAAGAAACUUUUUUUUUUAUGUUUUGAAAAAUAAAUCUGGAAGUGUUCUUGUUUCAACUACAAA